AUGGUGUUCAUGCGUAGCUCCGCAGAGGAGCUCUUCCGAACUCUUGCGCAGAUUCCUCCCGCCGAUGGCCACGGGAAGCCAUCAGUUCCUCGCGUUUCAGAGACAUCCGUCAACAUUCACGAUUUGCUUGUAAAAAAAGUGCUCGCAUCGGGAGGCAUUCGCGAAUCGUCGUCGCGAACUGACGACAUUGAUAACGACGGCGACGCGUCUGCUAGCAAAUGGCCAUUCCGAAAGCCGGCGACAACAUUUUCCGCAUUCCUCGCUCCCCGCGAGUUGCGCCAGCUCGCAGCAGCCGUCGGCUCGCUCGCCGGUCCGGAUCCUUCCAGCGGCCGCGCAGGCGGAGCAUCUGGCGGAACCACCAGCGCGAAAUCCCUUCGCAAGCACCAUGAUGCCUCCGCCUGUUCCGCGCAUGUCUCCUCUCUCCCCGUGCUCAACCUCGCAUUGGAUUACCUGCAGGCUAUUCCUGACCUGCUUCUAACCCACGCGGGUUCCCCCGCCUGCCGCGCAAUGCUCGCUUGCUGUCGCUCCGGCGCUCUCCUCGCAUUCCUGGCGGAGCUACGCCGCUGCGCUUCCGCAGACCCGUGCGUCUUCGGCUCCCCCGUGGGGAAGGCGACGGCGGAGCUUCUGCUGGGCCUAGCGCGCUCGCACGACACUUUCCUCGAAGCUUCCGCCAGCCCAUCGAGUCGCGACGGCGCCAGUUCGGAUUCCGCGCUCACAGGCGGAACAGCCGCGCGCGCGUCCUCCGCGGGAGCGGACGUGCAGGCGGUAGUGGGGGAGGUGGUUCUGGCGCUAGCGCGGCACUGCAUCCCCGCGGGGCUCGCGGAAGCCGGCGGAACCGAUUCGCCAGGAGGGGACACGGCGGGCGACAGUGGCAUGAGCGGCGGAAGCGCCGUCCUCUCAUUGGCGGAAGCAUUGCAAGCUGUGUUCGACGUGUGGGUGAAGCCGCAUGUGGGAGGGGGGAGCGGUGGCGCAGCGGGUUCCGCCACCAUUCUGGGCAGAAGCAGCAGCAGUGGCGGAGGGGAAGGCGGGCUGGCGGGGGACGAUUUGGAUGGGCGCAGACCCUCCGCCUCGAGCGAGCAGCUGACGUCGCUGCUGACGUCAGGAGCCGGAGCAGUGGGGGACGCGGGGCAUUUGCCUGGUGCGGAGGGGGCGGUGGAACUGGUGGGGGCGGUACCUGUGGGUCCGUGGCGGCUGCAGCUGCUGGCCGGCGCGUUCAGGGUAGCUGCAGCGGUGGUGGGAGGGGAGGACGAUGGCGCACUGGCGGGGAAACGCGGAGGCGCAGCAGGAAGCGCGGGGGAGAAGGCUCUGGAGAACGUAGUUGGCCAAUACGUCGCCGCCACGUCAGCUCUGCUGUCGAAUUCGACAAAGCUUUUGCAGCUGCGGCGGCAGGAGGCAGCAGGCAUGUCCUUGGCAGCUCGAGCAGAGGUUGCAGCGAGGCUGCACGCUGCUGAGUCAGCAGCAGCGUUCGCCACGUCAGCGGUGGAGGGGGGGCGGGCGUCGCUGCGGGCGGUGAAGGGUGUGAGGGCGCUCUGCCUGCAGGUGGCUGAUGCGUGCUCGCGAUCCGCAUGGCGCAAGAUCCCAGCCUGUGAGGAGCUCUUCUCAGCGGUCCUAUCAGCAGCCGCCAGGCUGGCAGUGCGGCAGAGCGAGGCGAGCGGGGCAGGGCGGGAGGACGCGGAGGCAGCAGCGCUGCAGGAGACACUCCUGCCCAUGCGCUCCCUCGUGCUCGCCGCCGCCAUGCAAAGCCCCAUCCCUGCCGCUUCCCCCACGCCCACCACCGCGCUCACUGCCACGAGGCGCGCGCCGAUGGUGGCGAGUGUGGUGGGGGCGUGCAGCCUGCUGCUGCAGGCCACGUGGGCGUCUGGCGACCACGCACGCGUCAAGUCCUUCCUGCUCUCCCUGGGAUCGUACAUGCGCCAGCCUCCCUCCUCGCAGGACGAGCAGCAGCGCGCCAGCAUGGCAUGCCUGCGCUACAACCUGGCGCCCAUCCUAGUAGAGGUAGCAGCAGCGGCCAGGGGCGCUACAGCCGUGACAGCCGUGGUUCCCCUGCUGCUGGAGGCAGUGCGAGCACCCAAGGAGGACCCCGCUAUCCGCCACGAGGUGCUGCGCGCGCUGGCAGCAGCAGCGGUGGCGGCGGCAGGCAUGGGGCAGGAGGGGCCGUACCGAGAGGUGGCAGUGCUGCUGCUGUGGGAGUAUGGUCGGGAGGCGGGGGAGGUGCAGCCUCAGGUGGAGGUGCUGUCCUCUGUGCUGGCGCAGCUGGCCUCGGGUCUCUCCCGCCCAUCCCUCCGAGACGACUUCUUGCGUCGCCUGCUCGCCACCUGUGCUGAGGUGGCCCUUGCCACAGAGGCGGAGGGGGGCAGCCGGGGAGCAGAGCUGCUGGGUCCCCUGCUCCCAGCAGUGGCAGCGGCGUGUCGCCACGUGGACCCUCUACACCGCCCGGUGGACCCCUCCCUGCAGCGCCUCUUCCGCAACCUCUGGUUCUACUGCGCUCUCUUCCGCCUUGCCCCGCCCCUCCACUCCUCCCCCGCCUCCGCUGCUGCCGCUGCCGCCGCCGCCGCUGCCGCUGCAGCCACUUGUGCCGAAGGUGCCUUUGGUGCAGGAUCAAGCAACACUCCUGAUGCUGCUGCCGGGGGUGGUGGGCAGGGCGUGGCUGGUUCCCCGUCGCCGUCGUCCAAUCCUCCAGGGGUGCUGGCAACUUGCACCGGUGGUGGGGGAGGUGGCAAGGCGGGGGGAAGUGCGGACGACUUGACCAAGGGGCCGUAUGCAUGGCGGGCUGAGUGGGCUGCUGCUAUGAGGCACAUCGCUGCUCAUACUCCUCCGCUGAGCUGCCAGGCCCGCGUGUGCUGCUGGAGGGUGCGUGGGCGGUCUUCUCCCCGCGUGCAUCCAUCUGUGCAGGCAGUGGGCGCCUUCUCGCGCCUUGACGACGAACUGGAGCUCGCAGCGCUGCACCGCCCUGGCAGCCAGAGGGGCAGCGGCAACGAGCAGGCGGCCGUGAGGCAAAGGAACGUGCUGGGCGCGGCUGUGGGGUCAAGGCUUGAUGCGAGCGUCAUCAGCAGCAUCACUGGGGUGAAGGCCACCAAUCUGUUGUCCAUUGUGCUGCUCGAGUCCCUCCGCGUGUCUGCUGCCACCGCCCUCGUCCCCGUCCCUGACACCACCCCCCACUCGCCCGCCCGCGGAGAGGAGACCAGUCAAGUAGCAGCAACAGGAGAAGCAGCAGGGGUGGUGGCGGCGCGGCAGCGGUGGGAGGAGGGGAGUGAGAACCGCAGUGCAGUGACGUGUCUGCUGGAGUACAUUCAGAUGCCCAACCCCCGCGCUGCUGUGCGCCACUGCCUCUCUGCCGUCGUGCUCCGCGCCUUUGACGCCCUCCUCCUUGCCCUGGAAGGCAGCAGUGUCAUGUCAUCCGUGCAUGCGGCUUCAUGCUGCCUGUUCCCUGUGGACACAUCAAAUGGGUUCGCUCCAUUCACCAAUCUAGUCCACCCCGCCUCCCAUCCCCGUCCACCUCCCUCCCACCUUAUUGCACAUUCCUUUGCAUUGCAUUCCCCCCCUCUCUCCUUUCCCUGCCCCCUCGUAGGAGCACGAGCCGAGCGACACAGUGAGGCUGGCAACCCUCUCAGCACACGCAUGCAUGCUGCUGGACUGGACGCGCUGUGGGACGGGCAGGAGUUUGUGUGCGACACAGCACGCACCAUGCUCUUCCCCCCCUCCCCACCUCCCACACAGGAGCAUGAGCCCAGCGACACGGUGAGGCAGGCGGCAUUAUCCGCGCACGCAUGCACGCUGCUGGACGCGCUGUGGGACGGGCAGGAAUUCGUGCGAGACACAGCGCGCACGAUGCUGAGCCUGCUGCGCAAGGCCUUCCCGCACCUCCUCUGGCACCCGCGCUGCAUCCGCUCCCUCCUGCGCUUCCACCCGCCGCAGCACAUGCUCGCCUCGGUCGGAGAGGCUGCAGCGGAGGCAGCGGCAGGAGUGGGAGGGGGAGCAGGGGGAGGGGACGGGGAGGAGGAGAUAGCGGAGGUGGCGUGGGAUCCAGAGGCGGCUGCUGCAGCUGAAGUUUUGGCCAUGGAUGUUGCUAAGGACUGGCUCGCCACGGCGUUUCUCCUUGCGCCACUUGUCACGCAGGCAUUGGUCGAGGAGGUGCUGCGGGGUGGGGACUCGGACCCAGAGUCAGUGGCGGGGCUGCUCAGUGUGCUGGCAGACAUCAAGCACCGGCCCCGAGGGUCAGCAGCAGACAGCACGCGGUCGCCCUUCACCCUGGCAGCACAGGCCACAGUGGCCGCAUCCCUCAAAGCCCACAGCAUGGGGCAGGUCGCCGGGCUGCUAUCAGCCCUCUCCUCGCUCCCUGCUGCCUCAACCGGCAUAUCCGGCACAGCAGGCACAGCAGCAGUCACGUUUGGCACAGCAGGCUUGGAGGCCCAUCCUCCUGCCCACUCUCCUUACAAGCAUGGCGCUGGUAUAGCAGUUGGAUCGCAUGCUGUUCCGCAUGCAGCAGCCAAGCCGGACCCCCAUGUGACUCUACUGCAGGCGGCUGUGACUCAAAUGGAGGCGCUUGUAGAGGGCGGGGGCGGGGGAGGGGAGAUGGGGCAGGGGGUGGUAUCAUGGGGGCACAUGGGGGGGGAGGAGGGGCGGAGGAAGGAGAAGGAGAGAGCCGCAUCCGUGGCAGCAGAUGCAGAGAAAGUCCGGGACAGGUGCCUAUGGGCUGUAGCUGCUCUAGUGCUUGUGGAAGGGCAGCAGAGGGGGCAUCAGAGAGGGCAGCACAAGGGGCAGCAGAGGGGGCAGGGCAGGAGGCGUGCCUCUCCCCAUCAGUCCGCUCUGGAGCUCCGUCUAAUCCAUCUCCUCGCCCGCACGCCCCUGCGUUUCUUCACCCCCCAGUCCCUCCGCGCCUGCUGCCUCGCCUGGGCCUGGCUGCUCGCCGCCCUCCCCCGCCUCUCUGCCCCUCUGCUCUCCCAAAUCGCAGCGGCGUGGGGGGAGACGGUGGCGGGGAGGAGAGGGGUGUUCAGAGCGUUGCAGGGGGAUGAGGAGGGGCCAAGGGGGUGGCUGCGGCCGCUGGUGGUAGGGGGGGUGCCAGAGGGGUUUUCGGAUCACAAGGGGGAGGAGGCGCAGGCACUGGAGGAGCUGGGCGCGCAUGCUGCUUGGAUCACCUUCAUCUCUGACUGUUCCGAGAUGUACGGGCGGGGCAGUGAGAGCCAGGGAGCGGCCAUCGAGAGGCUGCUGCUCGCCUCUCUCUCAGACAUCACACGUCUCUCCCGCCACCCUGCCGCCCGCGCACCCCUCUUUGAUCUCUUCCGCCUCGCGCUCUCCUUCGCUCGCACCCGCCUCCUCGUCGCCACCAACCCCGCUCGCACCGCUGCAGCAGCAGGAGCAGCAGGGGUGGCAGGGGCAGGGGCAGUGGCAACGUCAUUGGCAGCAGCAGCAGCAGUGGCGGAUGUGAGCCGGUCAGAUGCUGCCACGUCGCCGCAUGUGUUCUCGGCACGGUUGCUACGGGACCGAGCGCACAGGGCGGUGCUGAAGUGGUUCAGUGUGGACGCGGGCUACUUUGACGGCUGGCCCAGUGCGCUCAGGAGGCAGGCAGCCCUCGAGGAGAUGGCAGUCAUGGAUGCAUUCAGCAAGGCGCUGGCCGAUGAUGACACCAUGGAGGAUGCAUUCUGGCCGCCCCCUGCUGGUGCCACUGCUACUGCUGCCCUCUCCCCUGCGUCCCACCAGCAGCGCCACCCUGUGUGGGGGGCAUUCUUCUCGCAGCACCGCUCGCAGGAGAGGCAGCAGCGGCGCCGCCUGCUGGCCCUGCUCACCGCCCACGAGGCCGAGUGCUCCGCUACGUGGGCCUUCCCCCUCAGUUUUGCACCAGAUGCGUCACGCACGGCAGCAGCAGCGGCAGCCACGGAUAUCCAGCGCAGCAGGGCGCGAGUCACCGCGUCGCUCUCGCCCAAUGACGUGCCGCCACUUGUGCGCGCCGCAUGGGCUGUCGACCCGCGAGUGGCCGUGUGCUUAGUGCAGCGCUUCCCUUCUGUCAAGGGCAUUCAGGACGACGUGGGGACACUCAUCCGGUCCAUGCCACUGCUGGUUCGUUCUCUCCCCGAGGCCCUCCGGUGGGUGGUGACGCCAGCAGCAGUGGUGCAGCAGGACUCGCCCCUCCUCCGUCUACCUCUCCCCUACUGGGCGCCAUGCUCCGUGGCAGCCGUGCUCAACCUGCUGCUGCCCGCCUUCAAGGGCCAUCCACGUGUCAUGGCGUAUGCAUUCAGGGUGCUGGAGGCGUAUCCCCCGCCCACUGUCACAUUCUUCAUGCCGCAGCUCGUGCAGGCACUUAGAUACGACCACGAUGGGCUGGUGGAGUCAUACCUGCUGCGAGCUGCCCUGCGCAACAUCAUCUUCGCGCACAUUCUCAUCUGGCAACUGCAGGGCGAGGAGGCAGAUCCCGAGGGGCAGCAACCACCAGCUCUCGAGUCCUCCAACGGUGCAGCAGCAGAGGGAGGUGCAUCUGGAGAAGGCGCAACUGCUGCAGCAGCGACAAACAUCCUGUGGACGAUAGUCCCGCGGGUGCGGCAGCGCAUCAUCGACAGCUUCAAUGCCGAGCAGCGGGCUGCUUUCGACCGCGAGUUCUCCUUCUUCGAUGCCGUCACCUCCAUCUCCGGCACGCUCCGACCCGUGCCCAAGGAGAAACGCCGCGCCGCCAUCCAGCCGGAGCUGGAGAAAAUAAAGCUGCCGGGAGACGACGUGUAUCUGCCCACGGACCCCAACAUGCUCGUGCGCAGCAUUGUGCUGGACAGCGGCAUUCCCCUGCAGUCCGCCAAAAAGGUGCCCAUCCUGAUAUCAUUCAUGGUGGUGCGCAAGGAUGAGGACGGGGUGGUGGACGAGCACAAGCCCGUGAAGCAGGGAUGCAUCUUCAAGGUGGGAGAUGACUGCAGACAGGACGUGCUGGCUCUACAGGUGAUCGCCCUGCUGCGAGACAUCAACAAAGCAGUGGGCCUGGAUCUGUACCUCUUCCCGUACGGCGUGCUCCCCACGGGGUACGAGCGUGGCAUCAUUCAAGUGGUGCCCAACACGCGCAGUCGCAACCAGAUGGGAGACGUCACAGACGGCGGGCUCUUUGACAUCUUCCAGAACGAGUUUGGCGCCAUCGGGUCCGCCGGGUUCGAGCGCGCGCGGCAUAACUUUAUUGUCAGCAGUGCGGCGUAUGCGGUGGCGAGUUUGCUGCUGCAGCCCAAGGACCGGCACAAUGGGAACCUGCUUGUGGAUAACGAUGGCCGUCUAGUGCACAUAGACUUUGGGUUCAUCCUGGAGACGUCGCCUGCUGGCAACCUGCGAUUCGAGAGUGCGCAGUUCAAGCUGAGCCACGAGAUGACGCAGAUCCUCGACCCUUCAGGCGACCUCAAGAGCGAGCCCUGGCACCGCUUCGUUGGUCUGUGUGUGAAGGGCUAUCUGGCGGCACGGCGGCAUCAGGACGCCAUAUUGAACACGGUGCAGCUGAUGCUGGAUAGUGGCCUGCCCUGCUUCUCACGCGGCGAUGCUGUUGGCAACUUGAGGAAACGGUUUCACCCAGAGAUGGGCGAGAGGGAGGCGGCCAGCUUCAUGAUUGCCACUUGCGUGGAUGCGUACAACAAAUGGACGACCGCUGGAUAUGAUUUGAUCCAGUACAUGCAGCAAGGCAUUCAGAAGUAA